GCAGUUGUCCAGAGAGCAGCAAAGAGCUCAGUUUGGUGUGGUCACUCAACAGAGUGACAAAUGGUAAUUUUUUUUUUGAUCAAUACCCAAAGUAAAACUCAGAGAGAAAGAAAGCAAAUAAAAAAAAUAUCAACAGGUUUCCUACACAUAUAUAUUAUAUAUAUAUAUGUAUAUACCAUAUUAUACUAUAUAUAUAUGAGUUUCAACUGGUUAUUACCUUCAAAUGGUACCAAGUUACAAUAUUAAUUAGUCCCCAAGACAGAACAGACAUCUUCCAGUGAAGGACCCAGAUAACAACACAAAGAUGUACAGGUUAGCCAGACAGGUGUGCUUCCUGGUUUUUGGCUUAUGUCUUCUGGUAGCUGGCCUGGAAGCUCAAUGUCCAGAUGGUUGCAGGUGUUCUGGAGAUAGAAUUGACUGUCCGGUCCCAGAGGCGCUUUUUAACUUAGUAGGAUGUGAUUCGAAAAAACUAGACAGAGGCAGAUUGGAAAAUAUUCACGAAAUCAAACAGUUGUGUUUGACACAAAAUCGGUUGCUUUCAAUUAAUUCCAGACUGUUCCGAUCAUUUUUAGGCCUUCGCAAACUCGAUUUAACAAACAACCAGAUAUCAAGCAUCAGUGAAGAGGCAUUUGAAAGCCUUACAGAACUUCAAGGAAUCGUUCUCUUCAAAAACAACCUUUAUGAUAUUAAAAACAUUUUCAAAAGAAACACUAAGCUAACAUUUCUCAACCUAGGAUCAAACCAGAUCACAGAAAUAGGAGAGAAUGACUUUGAGAACCUAUCAAAUCUGAAGUACCUGGAUUUGACCUCAAAUCAAAUAACUACGAUUAAUCCCAAAGCAUUUGAGCCGCUGGUGAAUUUGCGCUAUUUGGUUCUUCAAAACAACAAACUUGUCGAUUUCAGUGUGCUGAGUUAUACACUGAAAUCUCUGCGUGUAGCUGACUUCACAAACAACAGACUGGAACGCGUGCCAAAGGGGCUGCCAGAAAGUAUCAAUGAUCUCCGGUUUGGCAAAAACAACAUUACGAAAAUUGGGAAAAGCGACCUCAAGCACAUUUCAGCACUACAAUUAUUGACACUUAAUGAAAAUCAAAUUAAUUCUAUUCAUGACAAUGCAUUCAAUGGUCUUGAUAAUGUGAAGGAAAUUUGGCUGAAUUCUAACGAGUUAUUUACACUGCCAACGAAACUACCAAGGAACUUAGUUAAAUUGGCCAUCAAUUCGAAUUUAAUUAGUAGGAUUGAGAGACAUGCAUUUGUGAAGAGUCCUCUCAUAGAAGAGCUCACAGUAGAGACAAACAAACUCACUGAGAUUGAGCCUGAAGCAUUUAGUAAGUUGUCAAUGUUGAAAGACCUGAAUCUUCAAAGUAAUGAAUUACAUACACUAUCAUCAGGAAUCUUCAAAGACCUGCCAAAUUUGGUCAGCCUAAGACUGGCAAAUAAUCCGAUAGCAACUAUUCAGAGGAGAUCCUUUGAAUCCCUGCCAUCACUGCACACGCUUGAUAUAUCUUAUGGAGAAUUGGAAAGUGCAAGGGUACAGAUGGACCUCUUCCGAGAAAUGCCAAAUCUACAGGAAUUCAAUUUGAUGAACAGCCCCGGUCUAUGUAAAAGUCUCCUGGACCGAGUCAGAAAUGGCCAGAUUGAGGUAACAAAAUCAGUUCAAAAAAUUGAUUUUCGAUACAACAUCCUCAAAAACGUGCCAGAGAAUAUACGAGGAAUAUUUCCAAGACUGACAACGUUUCUGCUCAACAACAACGCUUGGCACUGUGAUUCCAAUCUGCUCUGGCUCAAAAGAUGGUUAGGAACAUCAGAUAUUACCUUCUAUAAGGACAAAACACCAGCUUGCUGCACACCAAGUAAGCUCAAAGGACAACUAUUAAGGGAUCUGUCUGAUAAUGAAUAUCUUACAAGCUCAGCAGCAGAAUACCGGACUGACAGCAACAGAUAUGCAGAAUAUAGAGCAAGUCGUAACCCAUCUUCAUUAGAAAAAAGCCAGCUGCAAAAAGCAAGGUCCUCAAGAAUUGGAUUUGGUACAAAUGUCGCUGUCCGAGACGAUUCCAAUGAACGAAAGAGGCGCAGGAGUUCAAGGCGGCAUAACAGGAGAAACAAAAGAAAAUAUAGUAGACAGUAAUAAAUCAGUAAAUAAAGGACUUUUAUUGGUUAUUACCUCAAAGAACUACUUUAAAGAAGGGUCUUAGAACAACUCUUAAAUUAGAGGAUCUUUUCAUUUUUUUUUUUUUUUAUCUCCAUAAGAUAUUAAUAAUUUUUCUGUUGAGAUUUAUUUUCAUGAUAGAUGACAAAAGAUAGUCUGAUAGAAGCUACCAAAAACAGAUCACGGUCUAAAUACAGCAGCUCAAAGACAAAUACCAGACAGACAGAAAGCAUUCUGUCACCCAAUAUUUUAAUGUUUCAAUUCAUUAGUCAAAUGCUUCAAAGCAAUCCCUUCGAACGGACUCUCGCUUAACCAGCAAAAUAUCUAAUUGUUAUAAACAUUAAAAGAAUAUUUGAAAAAGAAAAAGAAAAACCAAACAAGCAAAUAAAUAAAGAAAUAAAAAAGUUGGGAACAGCAAUGACUACUAAACUGAUGAUGGCAGAAGUUAUGAAAGAUAACAACAACAAUGACAAUGGUGAUGAUGAUGAUGUGACUAAAUGUAACACCAUUCUUUUACUAGUUUCAGUAAUUAGAUUGUGGCCACGCAGGAGCACCGCCUUGGAUAUCCAUUGUACAAACAUAACCAACAUCCGAGAGACAGAUUAACACGUAAUCCCAUGGGGCUUGCAAGGAGUGGGUGGGGGAGAACAAAAA